AAAGAAAAUCUUUUGUCAUAUUUGAGCGCUCGAAUGCAAGUGACUCUGUAAUUUGUUUUAUCCGACUGAAAAUAUACUUAUUUUUAUUUUAUAAUGACAGUAAGUUUGCGGCUAGAACAGUGUAGAAAAUUGACUAUCAACAGAAUGAUACAACAGACUAGUGAAAGUUUUAUUAGAGACAAUGCAAAGUGACAAAUACAUUUGGUUGAGAUGGAUGUGUUGUAUUACUCAAAUAUGCCUUUAAAUGUUUGUAGAUUUUAGUUGAAGCUGAAUCUGUCGUCAAACGAUACCCAUUGUGUUUUACAUUCAUAUACCGAUAUACUUAUUUAAAUGUGAAUGGCCAGUUCGUGACUUCCCAAUCGCAAUUUCAUUUCGAUAUUAUAUAUCUUGAAUAGAAAAUAAAUAUUGUCUUAGUCAAACAGUUGGCGCGACUUUGUAUCUCUUUAUAUCGCCAAAUUUGUCUUUCGUCGAGCAAGAACAAAAUGUGGUCGUCAAGCCUAUCCCCAUUCAUGACCAUUUCAAACGAUCAAAGACAAAAGGGAAGCAUUUUAAGUAAAAGCGAGGUUUUGUUGAGGCCGCAGCCCGUCAUUAAACAAGAGCGAAUUUUACCGCCGAUUGACAGAAGCCGUAGUCCGCAACGCAGAGUUGAAAACGCUAACGAGAUCCGUCUAAAAGUUACAUCGUUGGCUGUCAACGAAGUGGAUUCGUCACAUCAACAACUAAAACAAACUCAAAUUUCUCCACUGGGAUUUAUAUCAAAUUCGGGAGAUUUGCAUGGCUUCGUUAACUCACAAAGCAAAUCCCAUUUGAACACUCCAUCUCCGCUUGUAACGCCAAAUAUAAGAGUUCGAAACUGGAGUUCUAAAAGCUCUACACCUCGUUUGUGGCCCGCCACAACCCAACAAGAAUCAGAAUCACAAUUUACAAAAACAAAUCAAGCGAAAGUUUUGAGCAAAAGUGACGGUGCAAAGCAACUUCGGACAGUGAAACGCAAAGUGAAUAAAAGACUUGCACCGUUACAUAUGAGAAAGAAUAGUAUACGAGGAAGAGAAAAUGGCGUAGGAGCCUACCAAGAUCAACUGAUGAUCCAUAGAGGAAGUGAUGUCAGUACAGGGGACGGAUUCAGGACUCUAGUACCAGGAACAAAAAGCAGUAUAGAUUUUGUAACUUCUCCAGGAAUUGGAUCGACGAUGAGAUUGAGAGAGAAUCGACUUCAAUUUCCGUCGACAUCGUCUGCUUAUUCAGAUUCGUCGGGACCCAAUGAAAAAUUUAUUCCCUUGCGACGCCGGAAGAGCAGUAACACACUGGUAAAACCCGAAUUUCAAUUAGCCCCAGUCAAACCACCAAUCAGGCGCCGUUCAUCAGUUGCAAGUGUCAGCUUCCCUGACGUACUACGAGAUGCUCGACUCAUUCCAAAAUCGCGACGAGGCGUUAUUGCCGAACCACGAUUCUUCAGAACCAAGCGAAUUUCAUCCAGAAGAACGUCUUCAACAUCCGAUGACGUAAUUGAUGAAAAAUCGAGAGAUUCAUCGUUGAUUAGAGAUGAAAUGUCGUUGUUCGGAACCGUAAGCUCUUACUCGAAGUUACCAACAAUAGGUCACGGAUUAAGCCAAGCUCAUCGUAGACUCAAAGUUGGAUACUUGUCACAUCAGUUUAUACGUGAAAUGAGGCAGAGGCGACGAGAAAGGGGACCGAAAAAAUCUGAUCGAGCAACACUUGUUGAUGCACCGAUCGAUCGGUUUCGGAAGAUAGCCAAGAGUGUGAGAUUGCUUCUGCGUUGUUUGCACGACUAUAGAACAAUAGCAACAGUCUCAGAAACAAGUCAAAUGCCAUUUUCAAUGUUUUCAAACGACAUUACAAGCGUCAGAACUUAUCCAAAUGGCCUGACAUUCGACCUCGAAGAAUAUCGAGCAAAUAGUGAAAAACGAAUCAGUCCAGAAUUGAGAAGAAUAAUGACGUUGGCACCUUCAUUGAGAACAGAGAAAGAACUUAAAUUUGCGCUCAACAAUUUGAGAGUACUCGCUGAAUCAUUUGGUGAAUUUCCUAUCAGAAUGCAAGAAGCCCUUGUACGAGUAACUUGGCUUGAUGAAUUUGAAGCAAAACGUGUUAUCAUCAGGCAAGGCCAGCCUGCCGAAAACUUUUAUUUUAUCGUAACAGGGAGUGCCCUAGUGUCAAAAAAUAGAAUCGAUCCAAGGACAGGAGAACUUUUUGUUGAAACUGUCACCAUAUUGAAGCGUGGAAUGAGUUUUGGUGAACUUGCAAUAAUGCGGAGAGAAACAAGAAGCGCAAACGUUAUCAGCAGUUCGUCAUUGGCACUUUUAACAGUACACAGAGAUGAUUUCGUGGAUAUAUUUAUGCACAGAAUGGAUGGAGAAGAGCCAGAGUUCAUUUCUUUUCUUCGGAAACGACCAGAAUUCGCCUUGUUUCCUUUGCAACAAAUACCUCGAAAUAAACCCCAAAUUUGUGCUUUCACCUAUUUCCGUGUCGGUGUUGUAAUAUGUGAUGAAUCUACAGCCAGUGACGUAAUUGUCAUUGUGAAAUCGGGUUUUUGUAAAGUUUUGAAAGCGAUGAAACCAGUUACUGACACUUUAGAUGAACCUACGUCUCAGAAAUUCAAGUUCGAAUCUUCAUUAAUUACUGGAACAAAGAAAUACGAUGCAGGUGUUUAUACAGUUAACAACGAAGAUCAUUGUCGUGACGUCACAGAGAGUUACAAUGAAUGGAUGACGUCACACCCCCUAUCCGUUGAAACAUUAAAACUUAUGGCGGAUGAUGAUGAAUUAAUGAAAAGAGAAGGCAGGCGAAGGCCCUCACUCAUAGAAAUCGAGCACGAUACAGAUCACGUAAAACUAGCAAAGAAAUUAGAAAGCUUUGGAAGUCCUUCGCCACCUCAACCACAACAACCUAAAGAUCUUGUUUACAUUCAUGUUCAGACAUUAUGUGAAGGAGAUGUGUUUGGAUUAGCACCAUUACUAUUUGAACCAUCGGAAGGAGGUAUUUCAAUGUCUCUAGUAUCUGACGGAGCAGAAUGUAUUUUACUUAACAAGAAUUUUUAUUUAAAAAAUAUGGACGCAGAAAUAAGAGAAAAAUUAGUUAGAACGAUUCAGCCUUAUCCAACAGAAGAAUCGUUACAAGAAAAUAUGAAGAAAAAAUAUAUAUGGGAGAUCUUCAAACAUCAAACGAUGGAAGAUUAUUUUACAAACAAACGAACUUCUUUUGCAUUAAAACGGAACGGAUUUCAACGUUAUAGAUAACUGAUUCAUUGUAUUAGG